AGAUGAAGACAGCAGCCUACCAGUAUCUGAAAGGUCUGUCAAAAUGCCUUGUGUUGAAGGCAAGACACCACUAUCAUCAACUUCUCCGGCCAAGAGACUGAAAAACUUGAAACUGACUGAGUCGGAUGAAUCUAAGCGGGCGCUCUCAGAUGCAAAAGUGGAGUUUAAGACGGCCUAUUUAAUAGCAACAGAAGCCUUUAAUAACGAAGAUCUGCGCCUGUUCGAUCGCAUUCAAGCAAUGGCCAUUCGCGUUGCGGCGACAACACUAGAGAAAAUAGAGUAUCCCGAGGAUGCAUUAGCUCCAUGUAUGUUGUACCUGGAAGAGCUGCACAGCAUGCCAGACGUUCAAAAUACUUUUGCCAGCGGGUUCAUGUUUCACAAAAUCGCCGCUAAAAGAGGAAAGACUCCGAUGGACUCCUUGAGUCGCAGGCUCGCCGCUCAAAGAAGGACGCUAAAGGACCUCUCCUCAGGGAAGGACCUCUUGUCUCUUCCGAAUCCCUUAAAGAAGGUCGAAUACCGACUAACAUUUUCCAGGGUCUGUCACGUGAAUCGCGUUUUAUACGAUAUCGUUCAAACACUUGGGAGGGCAAACCUUUUGAUGACUUGGCCUUGUGUGAAUACGAAACGAAGACGAGCGUUCGGCCUGGGAGAGAAAGUUGAUCCAUUGCGUGAUUCAAGAGUAGCAAAUGUACUGCGCGAGCUGAGAAUGGAGCACUACUGUGUUGCACCAUGGUCAUUCGGUCAGGAGGGUGAAGAGGAGAACAGGCUGAAGGAUCCACGGGGGAUAGUCACAAGCACGGAAGGAGAGUUCAUUAUAGCAGACCGAGGAGAUCACAACGUAAAGGUCUUCGAAAGAGGCGGGAAGUUUGAAUACUCUUUUUGUCCCUUUCCUGUCGAUGAACUUACGAACAUCGACGUUCGGGACGUAGCCAUUGACAGGAACGACUGCCUUUAUGUACUCGUCAGAGUGCGAGACCCGGCUGGGGCUAAGGAAAAUCGAGUGUGCAUGUUUGAAAAGAGUGGCAAAAGGCCCCUCUUGAGCAAAGGCUUCCUCCUAAGGAAAGGCUUCUCUGGCCGCAAUCUGACAGUUAACGACAACAAAAAUGUGCUGGUAACAGACUCGAGACAAACGAUAGACGUUUACCAGCCUAAUGGACAGCUUAUCCGCAGUAUUGGAGUUGGAACACUGAAACCUAACGUGUUUGCUAUCGCUGCUGCUAAUGACGGUUGUGUCAUGGUACUGAACAAACAUGAUUCAGAUAUUCAAGUGUUUGGCGAACAAGGUGACCUUAUUAACAAUUUUAACGUGGAAGGAUCUUACCACACUCACGACCAAUAUCCGAGAAUUGUAUUUCAUCCUGCAAGUGAGCAUCUCAUCGUCGCUGGUUUUAAAAAGAAAAAGUUCCGUGUAGAUAUGCUCAUAUACACCGAAAGUGGAGAGUUUGUGCGAAGAAUCCAAUACGGCGAAGAAAAGAUUUCUAGCAUUCAGGACAUUACAGUGACUCCAGAAGGACGGUUUGCUGCUAUAGUUCUUCAGCUAGAUUCAGAGCGUCGUGCCCAUUCCAAAGUACUUGUUGUUUGA